AUGGUGGACUAUAAAGUGACAGUAUCCACUGCCUGCCGUGAUGAUUCCGGCACUUCACACAAGGUCUACAUUAAGCUGGUGGGGAAAGAUGGGGAGAGCAAAUGCACCUGGCUUGAAGUAGAUUCCUCCUUCAUCCCAGGAGCUGUGUCUUCUUUCACUGUUUCCUGCCCUGUCUCCAUUGGAGAGCUGCAUCAGAUAGAGCUAGACAAAAAGCCAACAGAAAUACAAGAUGAUUGGUUCCCUGUCAAGGUGGUAGUCAAAUCCCCUGAGGGAGGCACCUACACGUUUCCCAUUUUCCGCUCCAUCACUACCAGUGAUGUACACUACUUCGAUGAGGAAAAAGGUUUGUGCUGGCAUUCAUGUGGAGAAGGAAUACCCCAUUGCAUGAAGGCAGGAACGCUUCAUUCUCUGCCCUUGGAGGUCAACUUUUCCUGGACCAAGUCCUUUGAGUUUUACUUGAAUCUCAUCACUGGGCUGACUGAGCUGCUCCUGAAGGGAAUUGCUUGUUCCGAAGAGAACUGGACUGAUAUUGAUGAUAUCAAGGGAAUAUUACACACCAAGAACCACUUAUCAGACUGUGUCCAGAAACAUUGGAAAGAGGAUGCUUUCUUUGGCUACCAGUACCUAAAUGGUGUCAACCCCAUGUUGAUCCGACGUUGUUCAGCUCUGCCCAACAACUUUCCUGUCACUGAUGAGAUGGUCUUCCCCAGUGGUCCGUGUAGCUUAGCAGAGGAAAUGAAGAAAGGCAACAUAUUCCUGUGUGACUACAAGCUUCUGGAUGGACUGAAAGCAAACAUCAUCAGAAGGAAGCAGCAGUAUAUUGCGGCUCCCCUCGUCCUGCUCCACAAAACACCUGAUGACAAGCUGAUGCCACUUGCUAUUCAGCUGAAGCAGACUCCAGCAGGAGUCAACCCCAUCUUCCUGCCUACUGAUUCUGAGUACGACUGGUUGAUGGCCAAGGUUUUUGUGAGAAGUGCAGAUUUCAACCUGCAUCAACUGAAUUUUCACCUGCUGCGCACACAUCUGCUGGCUGAAGUCUUCACAGUGUCACUGAUGCGCAAUGUGUCAAGGACACAUCUACUGCAUAAGCUGCUCGAACCUCACACUCGUUACACUCUGCAUAUCAACUUCCUAGCUCGAAAAACACUCAUAUCUGAGAAAGGAGCUUUCUCACAGUUUGUAUCUUCUGGUGGAAAGGUUUUGAAGACCAUCCUGAAGCGAUCACUGUCCUCAUUGACCUACAGCUCCCUCUGCAUACCAGAGGACAUCACUGAGCGUGGCCUGGAGGCUGUGCCCAACUUCUACUACAGGGAUGAUGGACUCAAGCUCUGGGAUAUCAUCCAAAGGUUUGUGCAGGGAAUGCUCAGCUUCAACUACGGGAGUGAUGCCCAGGUUUGGAAGGACGAACAACUGCAGGAUUGGAUUUCCGAAAUCUUUAAAUAUGGAUUUCUUUCCCAAUCAUCAACAGGGAUCCCACAGAGCUUCACCACCGUGGAAGAGUUGGUGAAGUUUGUCACCAUGGUGAUCUUCACCUGCUCAGGACAGCACUCAGCCGUGAACACUGGACAGUAUGACUAUGGUGGCUGGAUGCCCAACAGUCCCUCCACAAUGCAACUUCCUCCACCAACCACAAAGGGGACAACAAGUGAGGAAACACUGCUGCAGACAUUGCCUAACAAGGGUGUGACAGCUAACACAAUGGCCACCUUGUGGCUACUCAGCAACUCGGUCUCUGACACCGUAAGUGCCAAAAAAAGUUCUGUGAAAUAA